AUGCGAUGGGUCCCUGGCCACAAAGACAUUGUAGGUAAUGAACAUGCUGACGUAGAAGCCAAGAAGGCAGCACGUGGCAAUGCGAGCCCCCGCCCUUCGCUCCCAAGGAGCCUACAAGAACCCCUCCCACUCAGCUCGUCCAAGCUCCGGCAAUGCCAUCUCAAAUCCCUCAAGAUCAAAGCAUCCUCACUGUGGAAGGACUCGGAACGGGGUCAUGCCUUUAGCCGUAUCGACCCCUCUCUCCCUUCGUCUAAGUUCGAGAAGCUCGUUACUGACCUCCCGCGAUGCCAUGCCAGCCUCCUUAUCCAGCUCAGAUCAGGCCACGCCCCGCUCAAUGGGCACCUCCACUGA